CCCUAUCACUGCCACGGUACUGCGGUACAGACCGACACAGAAGUAGUUCCGCGUACACUUUCAUCGCCAAGGUCGCCGCGGUCGGUCAGAAAGUGAAGGAGUAAAAAAUCUCGUCCUUCCAGCAUAUUCCAUACCAAGCUGUGUGUGCUGACUGGGGGCCGGACGCAACAACCACACACACUCACACACGUCACACACGUAGUUCAGUCGUCGUGCAGAGCUUGAAGCGAUUGGACCACUGCCGUUAAAAUGUUACGAACAAUCAUCGUACGAAACGAGAAUCUCCUGCUGCAAGGAUCGGUCCGCAAAAUACUGAAAGGAACUGCCGUCCGCUCGCUCAGCAGUGAGUGCGCCAAACGAUCAGCCGCCGGCCACCGCAGAAACUCGCACAACAACUUAUCGAACGGUCGCAGCAGCCUGAAGGAGGUGACAUGGAGAACGAACUUUGUUCGCGGAUAUUGCAGCGGCUUUCCGGCCCACUCGAAGGUCCUGCUGCCGGCCCUGUCGCCCACGAUGGAGCUCGGAACUAUCGUCAGCUGGGAGAAGAAGGAGGGCGACAAGCUGAAUGAAGGUGAUUUGCUGGCGGAAAUCGAAACCGACAAAGCGACCAUGGGUUUCGAGACGCCCGAGGAAGGCUACCUGGCGAAGAUCCUGGUCCCGGCCGGCCAGAAGGAUGUCCCCAUUGGCAAGCUGGUGUGCAUUAUCGUUGAAAACGAGGCCGACGUGGCAGCGUUCAAGGAUUACAAGGAUACGGGCGGUGCGGCCAAACCGGCUGCUGCGGCUGCUCCCGCACCACCACCACCGGCCGCCGCCCCACCAACACCAACGCCACCGCCAGUCGCUGCCGCACCACCACCGCCACCAAUGGCGGCCGCCCCUCAACCCAUGACUGCGGUGGAGCAGCGUGGACCCCGUGUCUAUGCCAGCCCGAUGGCGAAGAAGCUUGCCGAGCAGCAGCGUUUGCGAUUGGAAGGCAAAGGAUCCGGCUUGUUUGGUUCACUAACGUCUAAGGAUCUUGCAGGUAUGCAAGCGGCCGGUGCUGCCCCAUCGGCCGGCGGUGCGCCUGCUUCCGCCGCUUCCAUCCCUGCCGGUGCGGCGUACGUCGACCUGCCGGUAUCGAACAUCCGUGGUGUGAUUGCGAAGCGAUUGCUCGAGUCGAAGACCACCAUCCCGCACUACUACCUGACGGUGGACGUCAACAUGGAUCAGGUGACGAAGCUGCGGGCCCGCUUCAACAAGCAGCUCGAGAAGGAGGGCGUCAAGUUGUCGAUCAACGAUUUUGUCAUCAAGGCGGCGGCAAUGGCCUGCAAAAAGGUGCCGGAAGCGAACUCCGCCUGGAUGGACACGGUGAUCCGUCAGUUCGACGCGGUCGAUGUGUCGGUGGCGGUGUCGACCGACCGGGGACUGAUUACGCCGAUUGUGUUCUCGGCCGACCGGAAGGGCAUUGCCGACAUCAGCAAGGAUGUGAAGAAUCUGGCGGCGAAGGCGCGCGACGGCAAGCUGCAGCCGCAGGAGUUCCAGGGCGGCACGUUCAGCGUGUCGAACCUGGGCAUGUUCGGGGUGACCCAUUUCUGCGCCAUCAUCAAUCCGCCCCAGUCGUGCAUUCUGGCCGUCGGUGGCACCCAGAAACGUCUCGUACCUGACAAGGACUCAGAGAAGGGCUUCAAGGAAAGUGACUACGUGUCGGUAACGCUCAGCUGUGACCAUCGUACGGUUGAUGGUGCUGUCGGUGCCCGCUGGUUGCAGUACUUCCGCCAGUUCCUGGAAGACCCCAACUCGAUGUUGCUGUAAAGUGUUGUAAAAAGUGUUCUUCGACGGCCCUCUAUAUGCCUUGUGGCAGCAAAAUUAAAGAAAAAACGAAACGAAUGUCCAUCUUCCAUCAGGGGGUGCUACCAGAGCGAAACACACACACACACACGUAAGGAGGAUGAUACAUGAAAGAGUGGAUAUAGAAAAAAACAUACUACUAGUAGUGGCCAGAGCCAGUGGCCAAAGGUAAGGAAAAGUAUUGAUGCUUUAGUUGCAUAAUUACUGCACUCAUUCGUCCCAGGAUGUGUCGCGUCCUAUAUCAAACGCUACGCAACGCAACAAACAAAGAAAAGAGAAGGUCAUCGGACCACCAGUGAAGAUGAUGAUGGACUGAUUUCCCUCCCUAGCAACGGAUUUCCCCCUACAUCGCAUACUUAUGUACCAAAUAGUUAAUAGUUCCAUACCGAGAUUGACGAGCAAUACACGAGCAACGCAGGACACUUUUAGCUGCAAAUGCUGCCGAAAGUAACCAAUUACCUGUUCAUAGUGUAGGCCAUAGAGAGACAGAGAGAAUGAAGGAGACGUUAUACCGUUGUACAAUAGGAACAGAGGGCCGUACCGCUCAUAUAUUAUAUAUGCUUAUUGAAUAGUAGUCACACACAUACAGGGAGGGGAAACAUUGCACUGAAAGAAGGAAACAACCCGUACAACAACAGCAUCACAAUUACAAUACGAGAUCUGCUCAUAUGUUUGUUGCGCAGCCCCGAGUGUGAGUGUGUGGCAGACCGGGAAGCCAAUGAAAAGCGAACAAAAUCAUCACCACCACCCUUCCUUCCUUAUCGGCUACUCUUUCUUCAAUUCGGCAAUGAAAUCGGCCACGAGCGUGACUGUCGCGACGGCAGCCGCUUGUUGGAAUUGGAAUUGGUACGAAAAAGCCAUGCAAACAUCUUCCUCUAUCAAACAGCGCUCCUAAAGCCACCAACACAUCGGCCGAGUCUUGGUGGAGGUUGAAAGACGCGGAUGAGCCACAGAUAGAGCGAACAGAAGAAAAGACACAAAGACAUCAAACGUAAAACAAAAAAAAAAAUACUAACGAGGGGACAAAUUUAGACGACACUUGAUAAUGAUAAUUGAUGUUUUGCUUGUUGAACAAGAUCUUUAUUGUAUAGUUUUGUUUUAUUGCGCUACUAUUAUUUUUAACAUCGAGGAAUAAAUCAAAUUUAUUUAUUGGUUACCGUUGGUUCACCGAAGGCACUUAAUUGUAACAGCCCCAAAUGCGCUCAUUUGAAUGUGUCUUUCGUUUUCGUCGUCGUCCCAGUGUGUUGUGUUGUUCACCGAGACAAUAAAGCACACACCACACGCACCAGGCAGUUGGUAUUUGAAUCUUGAGCAAAACAAUUAUUGUGAUCGUACAGAAUCGAAAAUUUUAGUUUAAAACAAAGCACCACCACCAGUCAGUCAACCAGGCGUAUGAAAUAUGUACUAGAAAAUGCAAGAUACAGGAUACAAAUACAACAACCUAUCGGAGCUUA